AUGCAGAAGCUAAAAGAUGAGAUAAGGAAUGUGGUUAAUGGUAGAACUCGCAUAACUGAGGAAGAUUUAAACAGCAUGCCUUAUUUGAAAGCAGUGAUUAAAGAAAGUUUUCGAUUACAUCCCCCAGUUCCCCUUUUGCUUCCAAGGGAAUCCAUGGAAGAUGCCAAAGUGAUGGACUAUGACAUUGCAGCAGGCACAGAAAUAAUAGUGAAUGCAUGGGCAAUAGCAAGAGAUCCUUGUUACUGGGAAAAUCCUGAAGAGUUUGAAGCAGAAAGAUUCUUAAAGAGUUCAAUAGAUGUGAAAGGACAUGAUUUUGAAGUGAUACCAUUUGGAGCAGGAAGAAGGGGUUGUCCAGGAAUAAUGUUUGCCAUGAAUGUGAUUGAGUUGGUCAUAGCAAACCUUGUUCAUCAGUUUAAUUGGGAAGUGCCAAGUGGAGUAGUGGGAGAUCAGACACUCGACGUGACUGAAACUGCAGGGUUGACCAGUCAUAGAAAAUUUCCUAUCAUAGCAUUUGCGUCCUACCAUGCAUAAGUUGAUGUUAAAGAUAAACAUAAACAUAGUAACUUGAAAGAAAAAUAAGGGACUAUAUUCUCAACAUUCAUAGCAAAAUCUAGGGUUAUAAUAGGUCGGUUUAUCUAGUUAUUGUUAUUUUGUUAUUGCAACUAUUUGUUGUCGUCAAUUUUUACGUGUAAAUCAUAUGUACGUAAUGUUUGAUUAAGUGAUCUUU